UUCUAAAAAAGAUUCAAAAUGGCAAAAAAAAUUGUUUUUGAUUGAUCAAUAAAAAUGAUAAAACAAACUCACAAAGAUGAUUUCCUGGAAAGAACAAAAGCUGCCAGAGAGGAGAGGCAGCAUGGGAAGGUCAGGUCCGAGAAUGCUACAAAGAUCCAGAGCAUAGUUCGUGGAUAUCUUGCAAGAACUCGGACAAAAAAACUGGUUUUAUCCCGGUUUGACCACAUGUUUCCUGUACUGGAAGAUGCCGCAGAACCUUCUCACACCAACUCUUCUGUUCAAAUGUUUUCAGUGGCCAAACUUUUCAUUAAUAUGAUCAACCCAAGGAAGGAAGAAGGAAGGUUCGAACGGAUGUUGAAGUAUCUUGUCUCAUCAAUAGGACUAGACUCGCCUAAACUUAGCUUCAUUGGGGUCUUUCUUAAUAAGGAGCACUCGAUAUCCUGGAUAAAGCUAGUGAAAGAUCUCUGCUUGAUGUCCAGCAGUAUCCUGGCCAGUGUAUCAACUAACCAUCCAAACUAUAAUAAAAAGGUCGCAUUUUAUACACUUGUUCUAAUCAGUUUUACAUCAUCAUCUACUUGGAAAAUUACAAAAGCAAAGGCAUUGGCUCCACUUGCCCCUCAUAUUACUCAGCUAUGUCACAACAUUACCGGAGCUCUUGUGGAAGGAGGAUUGAUGAAAGAUCUUAAAACUGUUCUUCUCAAGGGGAUUGCAUCUUCCAAGGUUUUACUCAAAAAAACCUCUUUAAGUGCCAUAAACAAUCUUGGAUUACGCCCUGUUAUCUACUCCAACUUCAGUGAUAAACUAGUCUCCAUGUAUGUUCUAAACAUACUUUGUGUUCCAACACUUGUAUAUCAGACGAACGCAUUAUGUCCUGAGAUAGUUUCCUUGCUAAAAACCAACGAUAUUCUCAGAUUUUCCAUCAAGCUACUGAGCCAGGAACAGCAGCUAAAGAUUCACUUUAAUGCCCUAGAAGGAUCGUAUGCUCUCUGUCUUGCGGCCAAUCUUAUAAAUCUUCUUCAUCUAGAGACAUCGGAUAGGCUUCAAGAUGAUUUAAUAGGGUUGGUUACUGUGCUGACCCGUCUGCUUGAGUCCUGCUCCCAGUAUGUAACUGCUAAACAGUCAAACCUCAGCCAUUGGCAUCCAGUCCUAGGUUGGUUUUCAGUAUCUUUGGAUAAAUAUCUGCAGGCGACAAUAUCUACGGUUAAAAUACAAAUAUCCAGACUAUGGCAUCCGGAUUCUGUGAAGCUUUUAACCCACCAUCUUCAGACUGCUGCGGCUAAUUUGGCCCGCCCCUCCCCGCCGGCCACGCCCUCUCCCGAGGAGACUAAUGUGGCGAGAAAGUUUAUGAAACAGGCGUUUGAGAAAACAAAAACAACAUAUACCAAUACAACACAGAGUCUCAAUCCUGUAAGUUUUGGAAUCAAUAGACUUGGAAACCCUGAUUGUACACAGAUAUCUUUAGUAUGUACACUCUACCAGACUGCUAUCAGAACAUUAUCCCAGCUGAGAUUGGAGAUUCUGAUAGGUUUAUGCUACGGGGAUAUACUGUUAAAACCAUUGUGGCUGUUCCUAAAUAGUUUAGGUCCAACCUGCGGACUCAAAUCAUUCCUAGACCUUUUAAAUACUAAUAGAUCUGGAAACUGUCCUGAGUUCCAGAUGUUAACUCUAUUCUGUGAUACAUUCGGUCAUUUAGUAACAAUUCUUGAUGACUCUGAGUUCUAUGAUUCUGGUGAACCGUUCUCUCCUCAUGAAUAUGCUCUUCUUGGACAGUUUAUCAAUCAGUUUCUCUAUAGGGCAAUGUGGAAUGGUAUAUUGACUGACCCUGAAAUACCGCUCUGUGUUAGCAUGCUAAAUCUUCUUGAUGUGCUCAUGCGAAGAGACGAAAGGAGAUCCUACACCCACCCGAACUUCUGGCUGAUCAAGGAGUUGAAGAUGAACAACAUGGUUAACGACCUGGCCAAGGGUAAACCUAUCCCUCGUCUGAUUAAGCAGAAGAUCCCCCACAUAAUGCCGCAUCGUGAGCGUGUUCUAAUGUUCCGUGAUGAUGUGAAUACUGAGAAAGCCUCCCUUGGGAUAAUAGACAAUGAGUCUCAUAGUCCACAAUCUACUCUAAUCACUGUUCACAGAACUCGGUUAGUAGAGGAUGGAUACAGGCAGCUCUCCAGCUUGUCAAGCAGUGCAUUGAAGGGAGUCAUCAGGGUCAAAUUUGUAAAUCUACAGGGUCUGGAUGAGGCUGGGAUUGACCAGGAUGGAGUAUUUAAGGAGUUCCUGGAGGAAACAAUUAAGAAGGUUUUUGAUCCGGGUCUAAACCUCUUCUGCACAACAUCAGAGGAAAGACUGUAUCCCUCCCCACUUUCUCAUAUAACCGAGAAUCAUCUAGAACUGUUUGAGUUUGUUGGUAAAAUGAUAAAUAAAUCCCAAUGUUUAGAACUGUUUGAGUUUGUUGGUAAAAUGAUUGGGAAAGCAGUUUAUGAAGGAAUAGUUGUUGAUGUCCCCUUCGCUUCAUUCUUCCUUACUCAAGUUUUAGGACACGAUCACACGAGUUUAUACAGUUACUUUGAUGAAAUGUCGAGCUCUGAUCCAGAACUAUACAAGAACUUGACAUACGUUAAACACUUCGAAGGAGAUGUUGAAGAUCUUGGUCUUACAUUCUCAUUUGAUCAGGAUGUGAUGGGAAGGAUAGUUACACAUGAGCUGGUUCCUGGGGGUAAAAGUGUAGCUGUUACUAGCAGAAAUAGAAUUAUGUACAUUCAUAUGAUGGCUCAUUUUAAGAUGCAUAAACAGAUACAGGCUCAGACUGCUGCAUUCCGUAAAGGAUUUCGUUGUGUUGUACCGUACGACUGGCUGAGUGUAUUCUCAGGACCUGAAGUCCAGAGACUGAUAUCAGGAGACAAUACGCCGGUCGAUCUAAAGGAUUUACGAAAAAAUACCGUUUACUACGGAGGGUUCCACGACUCACACAAAGUUAUAAUUUGGCUUUGGGACAUCCUUGAACGAGAUUUCAACGACAAGGAGAAAGGGUCCUUCUUGAAGUUUGUGACUUCGUGUUCUAAACCUCCGCUUCUCGGGUUCUACCACCUGGAACCUCCGUUCAGUAUCAGAUGUGUAGAGGUAUCUGAUGAAGAGGAUGAUGGUGAUACUGUUGGAUCUGUACUACGAGGUUUUCUAGCUCUAAAGAAGAGAGAUCCUGUUAAUAGAUUACCAACAGCCUCCACAUGUUUCAACCUACUCAAGCUACCAAACUAUCAGAAGAAAUCAACCUUAAGAGAUAAACUGAGAUACGCAAUAAACUGCAAUACUGGGUUCGAACUCUCAUAGAAAAAAUUGUACUCCAAUAGCUAUUUAGAUUGUACUGCAACAGCCGGUUAUAUUGUACAACAACAGCUGUUAGGAUUGUACUGCACCAGUUGCUUGUGCUGCAUCAGCUGUUUAAAUUGUACUGCAACAGCUAUUUAAACUGUACUUCAACAGCUGGCUGACACAGCUGUUGGGAUUUUACUGUAAUACUUAAAAUGUACUGCAUAAUUUUUCUGUUCGAAACAAAUUCAUCGUAGAAUUUUCAAAUUUGCACUGGCAAGGAUUAAGAAAAUAAAAAAAAUAUUUUCA